AUGGCAGAGGACAUCAAGGCCAAGCUGGAGCGCUACAAGACGGCGCCGUUCGACAGCCGCUUCCCCAACCAGAACCAGACCAAGAACUGCUGGCAGAACUACCUGGACUUCCACCGCUGCGAGAAGGCGAUGGCGGCCAAGGGGGCGGACGCCACCCCGUGCCAGUGGUACUACCGCGUCUACAAGUCCCUUUGUCCCACCUCCUGGGUGACAAUGUGGGACGAGUACCGCGAGGAGGGGACCUUCCCUGGCAAGAUCUAA